CUCAACAAUCUCUCCCAGGUGCCAUCUGCCAUUCUGAAAACCGCUCGAGUUCACGGAAUACCUAGUGGCCCUUCCUCAUUCGUCUCACAUCAACUUCUGGUUUGCAUUCUAGUACUCACCCGUUCCUGUUCCAAUGGCUAUUGUCACCUCAGAUGGCGUUGCCAUUGCCGAGCUGGUGGUCUAUAUCCCCACCGCACUGGUCACUAUCGUUGUGGUUCUCCGCCAUGGCUUCCACAGACAGCUGGGAUGGAUCUACCUCUGCAUCUUCUGCGCGCUACGGAUCGGCGGUGCCAUCAUGGAGAUACUCAGCGAAAAACACCCUGACAACGCCAACGACAAGGAAUGGGCCACCAUCCUGCAAUCAGUGGGCCUGUCCCCUCUUCUUCUCUCAACUUUGGGUCUGCUGAAACGAAUUUUCGACGAGAUCACGCAGCAUGUGCCGUCGGGUCCAGAAUCCAAGCACAAUAUUGUCAUACAGCUUCUGAGCGCGUACUUCGGUAUCUUCAACAGGCUCAUAGGGAUAUAUUCCAAACGAGCGACCGCCGUCUCCCGACGCAGCAGAGUCGUACAGCUCUUGCACAUCCCAUCCAUCAUCGCCCUAGCCCUUGCCAUCAGCGGGGGAACCGACCAGGCCUCAUCAGACGUCUCCGAGCACGCAGGCGGUAAGACCCAAACCCGCGCGGCCAUAAUCAUCUUCCUCGCGAUCUACAUCGCGACGUGUCUGCUCUGGUCGAUCUCGCUAAGCGAAAUCCACAUUAUGGUGUCCAGUCAGCGACGCAUCUAUCGCGUGGUUGCGAUCGCGCUGCCUCUCAUUGCCGUCCGGCUACUGUACAGUCUGCUCGGAGAUUUCGGCAAAGAUAAUAGCCAGUUCUCCAUUGUCGAUGGCAGCGUCGCGAUUCGUCUGUGCAUGGCUACCAUUGAGGAAUUUCUGGUCGUGUUGAUGUAUACUAUCCUGGGUGUUGUGACGCCCCGGUCGACGGAUGUAUUAUUUGAGGAUCCGCGCGGGUCCAGCUCGCGCGCUGCUGCUGCUGCUGCUGCUGUCCCGCGUCGUCCUGUUCAUGGCGCCACCGACACGGCAUAUCAUCAGGUGUCCUAUGCCGAGGCUGCGGCUCAAAGUGCCCAGCGACACUAUGGUGGGCGGUAG